UUAUAUUAUUCACGGUAAUAUUUUCUAAAAACUAUGUAAGAUAUUUGAAAUGGUGGGUGACCAUGAAAAAAAAAGCUCAUGGUACGACAAAAUAAAAUGGUUCAACUAUGAGAUUACCAUACAAAACUUUAGAAGAUGGAGCAUAAAGUAUUCUUGAAACCCUCACGCCAUCUUAAACUAUAAAGUUUGUUCAAUAACCCAUUGACAUUUGACAUAAAUCAUAUUCCAACUCAACUAAACAAAAUACUAAACUUUUUGCUUCAUUACUACACAUGAUUUGGUGCAAAUAACGUCUUUAGUCACAUUAGAAGGUAAACUAACAAAAACUUGUACACUUUUUGGCCAACUACAUCACACCAAAUUCUUCCUAUAAAUGCCAAAUCCAUAACCAACUAUCCCAAAACAAGCUAUUCUUACUUCUUACUUCAUAGUUCAUCCUAGUCCUAACAAAAAUGGCAAUUCCAAAGCACUGCCUCGUCUUAAUUUUCGUUUUCGCUUUGUCAAUAUCGACUCAUGUUGAGAUGAGCUUAGCAGCUCGACACCUUCUGCAGGCACCGAGCAUGCCCCAAAUCCCAACAUUACCUACGCUUCCUCAACCCGCUGCAUUGCCACCAAUGCCAGCACUCCCGAAUCUUCCUCAACCCGCUGCACUGCCACCAAUGCCAACUGUCCCGACCCUUCCUCAACCUGCUGCACUCCCACCAGCAAUGCCAAACCUACAACAAGCAACUUUACCACCACAGCCAGCAAUGCCAAAUCUGCCACAAGCAGCAUUACCACCACAGCCGGCCAAUCCCCUGCCCACAAUCCCGUCUGCCACGAGCCUGCCAAAGCCUACAGCACUCCCACCAUUGCCGGCAGCCCCAGCUCUACCAAAAGCCGCUUUGCCACCAAUCCCAUCUUUACCUUCCACUCCAAAACUCACAAUGCCACCUCUUCCUGCUAUGCCUACUAUUCCUACUAACUUCCCUACUAUACCAUCGGUUGCACCACCACCAUCCCACUAAAACAUUCAUCUACAUUUUGUAAUAUAAGUCAUUAUUGGGUUUUUUUUUCUUUUCUUAUUUAUUUUCGGUUUAGUUUUAGGAAUUGCAGUUUGGCCUUGCAUUUGGUGUAUUAUUUGAGAGAGCGUUG